AUGUCACUAUCGACUGAUAGAGCAGGACUUCAGACUUACAGUAUGCUUGAUGAUGCUACUUCAACAAAAUUAGCCAAUUGUCUGCAAUCAAGAAUUAAAGCUGAGUCCACCUCUAAAGUUGAAGGCUGGGGCAAUGACAUGUCUUCUUCUUCUACUUCACCAGACAUGUCUGUGACCAUCUCACUGUUUCUCAAGACUGGGACCAGCAUUCAAGAUCAUCUGCACGGAAUCACAGAAAGGCAUCAACCCUAA